AUGAUGUCUGCUCUUAGUAACCAAAGUAUUCUUACUCUUAGCAACUAACAAGCAACAUAUUAACCAAUCAGACAUGUAAUGAUUCCUCAAGCAGUGGCCUGUAGACAGGUUUAGGCUCCAUAACAAUAUAAUAACCUAUUCAACUACCAAGGCUCAGUGGCAAGGCCUACCGUCUUCAAGCCCAUUUAGAUAAUUCAUCUCUAAAACCAGUAAUCUCAUUAGAAAUCAUCUUAACUUCACUUCCAAAUUGAACAUUAAUAGCCCUCUUAAUAGAAACAAAAUAUCCACUUAAAAUUCCCUUAAAUAGGAUCCCCCUUGACUGAGACUGUUAACCAUUAAAUUUCACACACAAACCUAUAAAUAGAAUUUCCAAAAAAUUAAAACUUGUUCCCUAUGAGCAUCUCACAUUAAAACGUGUAAGAGUAGUAGUAGUUGUUAAACUAUUAAAUAAAAUUGCAAGAAAAAGUAUCUCAGGUUUCUACAAACGAAGCUUCAGUUAACUCGUCUGAUUCAAAGGAUGCACAGGAACAAUUAUAAUAAAGCAAUACUUUUUUAAGUACCCAAGAGAUAACUACUUCUAAAAAAUCAACCGUUAGUAACACAUCUAUGAAUAGGAGCCUAACUCAUGAUGAAGAUGACAAGAUUUAUGAUAAUAUGAGUGGUGAGGAACUUAGCCUGUAGAAAUUUAUAGAGUUAGACGAGAAAAUCUUCUCAAGAAAACUAAGGAAAGAUGUGAUCUUGAAGAACUUGCUCAGAGACAUUAGAAAAUAUUAUUCGCAAGAUUUAAAUAAGAAAACUAGCUAUAAUAAGAGAAAGAGAACACUCUCUCAAACAAUCUAUAUCGAGUGCAUAGAUUCCUACGUUAAAUAAAAGUUCGAUAGAAAGUUGCUUGAAAGAUUACUAAUCUCACAUGAGGAAAUGGUAUUUAUUUUGGGUUCCCUUAUUUAACCAAAGAGAAUGCUAAAAAUAGAUAAACUUUCCCCAGAAAGAAGGACUGAGAUUUAGUAAAUUCACAAAACUCUCUACUAAUACAGAAAUUCUUACCUUGACGAAAUUAUAUAGUACUCAGCCAUUGUUUAUCUGAUCGCAUUUUAUUUCUAAAAUAAUCAACUAAACAGAAUAAAAAGAAAGGCAAGCAAGAAAAUAGAUGAAAGAGCUUACAUCGUUGCAUCUUAGAAACUGAUAAUGAUGAGUCCGCAUUUUGAAAGAAUGCACACCAUUAUUUCACUCAAUCUUGGUAAAAUGAUAAAAAAUUCUAGUAAUUUAACAUUGUGA